GAACCUGAAUCAGGAAGUAGAGAAGAAAAAUUAGGAGUUGAGUUAGUACUUAUUAGCCAGUCAUCAAGUUUCUCUCUUUUUCUUCAUCAUUUUUGUUAUAUUUCUUCUCUGCAACUGGAUUUGGUCUGGGAAAAAUGUCAAUGAGGGAAACUUCAAGAUUAGCUGAGGCCUCUAUCAAUGGUAUUGUCCGGCGGAUGGUUAAUCUUCCCAGAAGCAUAAUGGGGGGAUUUUCGAGAGUUAUGAGCGGAGGAAGAAGAAACCAUACUCUGCCAUCCAGUUAUCAAUAUCAGGUUCUGCAGGACCCACCAAAUGUACCGGAAGAAUGGUCUUUCCUAGCCAGUUUUCAGUACCAGUAUGGCUCAAUGCACCCUUUCUUUUAUGCCUGUCGGUUUGUGGAAGCCAUGAAGAUAGCAGAAGAUGAUCACAAGUUUUUGUUCUUGUAUCUGCAUUCACCAGAUCACCCUUUCACGCCCUCUUUCUGUGAGGAAACACUGCGUUCUGAGCUGGUAGUGCAGUUUCUUGAUGCUAAUUUCAUCUGUUGGGGAGCACUUGCAAACAGAGGAGAGGGUCUACAGAUGGCUACAACUUUGGGAGCUACCAGUUUCCCGUUCUGUGCAGUAAUUGCUCCGGCUCCAGGUGAAAGCAUAACAGUCCUGCAACAGCUUGAAGGGCCACUUUGUCCAGCUGAGCUGGUGGAGAUUCUACAGAGGACAAUGGAGGAGCAGGGGUCAGCCUUUGGUAGCUCCAGACUUGAGCGAGAAGAGAAGAUAAGAGCAGAUCGCAGGCUUAGAGAAGAGCAAGACAGAGCAUAUCGUGCCGCUCUUCAAGAAGAUAAGGAAAAGGAAAGACUCAAAAAUUUACCUCCGGUGUUACCGAAAAAAGCAAAUGAUGAGAGACUCAAGCAGAAUUCUGUAAAUAAACAGCAAGCGAGAGUGAAAGAACCUACUUCAACUCGUGAAACUCCAAAGAAGGAUCCUGCAAGUAUCGGAAAGGAUCCUCACCCUAGCUCUCAGAUACUAAUAAGGUUCCCAAACGGUGAAAAGAGAGAGAAGAGCUUUUCAAGCAUGGACAAGGUGAAAUCGAUUUACAAUUACAUCAAUUCGCUCAGCCUGCCAGGUACUGAGAACUAUAGAUUGAUAGCAAGCUUCCCAAGAAGAGUAUAUGGUAUUGAUGAGAUGGAUACAACUCUGAAAGAUGCUGGCCUCCACCCGAGAGCAAGUCUGUUUCUGGAACGUCAGUGAUGUCGUUUAUUUUCAUGGUCACCAUGGCUUGCAUAGAUAAGAUCUGCAAUUUAAAUUUUCCUGUUUGGCAACUAUUUUGUUUGCGACAUACAAGACUGAUAUGUUACGAAGAAAAUGCAACAAGCAAAUCUUAUCGAA